ACACACAACCGGAGUGUGAGUAGAGCGCAGAGUCGUGCUGUCGGUAUUUAUAGAGGCUGAAUCCCCAGCUCGGGAACACAGGACACACACACACACACACACACACACAGAUAGAUAGAUAGAUAGAUAGAUAGAUAGAUAAUGGGGAAAGACUAUUAUAAAAUCCUGGGCAUCGCGAGAGGAGCGGCGGAGGAGGACGUGAAGAAGGCGUACAGAAAGCAGGCGCUGAAAUGGCACCCGGAUAAGAACAAGGCGCACAACGCGGCGGAGAAAUUCAAGGAGGUGGCGGAAGCCUACGAGGUCCUGAGCGACCCGAAGAAGCGCGAGAUCUACGACCAGUACGGGGAGGAAGGUCUGAAAGGAGGAGGCGGAGGCGGCGGAGGAGGAGGAGGAGGAGGAGCCUCCGACGGACAGGGAAGCACCUUCACAUACACGUUCCAUGGCGACCCGCACGCCACCUUCGCCACCUUCUUUGGUGGCACCAACCCCUUCGAGAUGUUCUUCGGCCGCAAGGUGAACGGCAGAGACGAUGAGGACAUGGAAGUGGACACCGGGGACCCUUUCGGCUCCUUUAGCAGUUUCAACCUGAACGGUUUCCCUCGGGACCGGCAGCCUCGGCGCAAGCAGGACCCGGCGAUCCAUCACGAACUGCGCGUCUCGCUCGAGGAGGUCUUUCACGGCUGCACCAAGCGCAUGAAAAUCUCGCGGCGUCGCCUGAAUGCUGACGGACGCACUACCCGCACCGAGGACAAGAUCCUGUCGAUCGAGAUCAAGCGUGGCUGGAAGGAGGGCACCAAGAUUACCUUCCCACGUGAGGGUGACGAGUCCCCUGGCUGCAUCCCUGCCGACAUUGUCUUCGUCAUCAAAGACAAGCCACACCCACACUUUAGGAGGGAAGGGUCCAACAUCGUCUACCCCGUCCGCAUCAGUCUGCGCCAGUCUUUGUGUGGUUGCUCAGUUACGGUCUCCACGAUAGACGGGAAAACCUGCAAUAUGAAGAUCACGGAGGUCAUUAAACCAGGGAUGAGGAAGACCGUAGCGGGGCAGGGCCUGCCCUUCCCCAAGAACCCCGAGCAAAGAGGAGAUCUCAUAGUGGAGUUUGACGUGAACUUUCCCGACAGUCUACCGUCCAAUGCCAAGGACGUGCUGAAGCGCCAUUUACCCACCUCAUGAAGGGAGUGCGGCAAGAACUCCACAACGACGAUCGCCAGCUCCCCCAAUCAAGCACUCGGACAAAUCCCCGCUAUAAAUCCUAAAAAAAAAACUAUGUGCAAUUCAAGUUUUUUAAUCUAGUAGUCAGCAUUUGUGCUUUUUUAAAAUAUAUAUUUAUUAUAUAUUAUAUGUUGCAUGCCAAAAUUAGGUCAUAAACGUGCAAGUGCAAUCUUCAUGUCUGAAAGUAAACAUCAGAUUUGACUCCUUUGCCCGUAGCCUGCGUUGUUUUCAUUUUUAUCUUAACGUAUGGCGCUAGAGUAACACAUGUGCCGAUAAUCAAUUACGACGUUACAGUAUGACGCAAUAUCAAGCACAAUGUCAUUACCAUGGACAGCGCCGAAUAUUUCAGUAAAUAUUUCAGACGUAAUGUGCUUAAAGGCGAAUCUCAAACAAACACAUUUAACACCCAAAAUACAAGCUGCAUUUAGGUUUUAUUAGUCUCGUAGAUAAUAUUUAAUUUAACUCUUAUUGAUCCAUGAAACUUUGUUAAUUUUUAUUUGCGUUGCUCAAAACAUGUAACAUAAAUGAGAAGUUGAUAAAGCAGAUAUUAAUUAUUUUUUUAAAAUAGCAGAGAGUUUAUUUUUGUUUUACUAAAAUGCAGAAAAAUUUGCAGUAUUUCCCCUUAAGUUUCAAAUAUGUAGCAAAAGAAGUUUCCUGGAUAUUGUUGGUUUUAGUUUAAUUGGUCAUUUUAAUUAAGUAAAAGUGAAGGAGCAACAUCGCUUGGUAUCAUUUUGUUUCGUCGUUUGGGAAAAUACUAUAUAUGUAGCGUGAUUUACACUUUUGUUACUUUAACCUACUUUUUUGCCAUCUCCAGAUGUUGAGCGUGGUCCUGUCACGUGACAUAUCACAUUUCCACUAGGGGGCACCAUAUACCUCUAUUUACCUGCAGAUUGG